UUAAUUUAAAUUCUUUCAAGGAGCAACAUCGUAGAACAAAUUUUAUGUAAAUUCAUAUAAUAGUUGGAAUACAUUUGGUGCUUUGGUCCAUUUAGCCAUGGACAAGGACAGAAAUAGAACAAUUACUGAUAAGAAGACAUCACCUGCCGUACGGCGAUGUAAAAAACCAGAAACCUGCAUUCACUUGCGCAGCCAGCGACAGAAGCAGGGAAAUCCCUCCACCCAAGUGCUGUAUCGGGGCCCCAAUUUUCAGGCCCAUCGCAGCGACGAGGAUAUUUUCUUCGAUUGCCUGAGCAUCAGCGACACCGACUUUCCUCGAGAGGGUCACAGCUGCAAGAAUAUUGAUAGCUGCAGAUCGAAACCGGCUAACAACGAACAGACUAAGCCCGUAAGCUGUAAGUCCACGUGCAGUGGCCAGGCAUCCGGCACUAGCAAAUAUGAUGAUCCGGAGGCUGUGCGGGCUGCCCUCAGACGUGCCGAGAAUGUGACACAAAUGCUGCUCAAGAACUUUGAGAGGAAUCAGGGCGAUAGUAAACGUCAAUGCAAUGCCACCCUGGAGAUAACAGCGCGUCUACUGACCGAUCCGAGGCCAAACGCCUCAAAAUGUCUGCAGGGCAGGCCAGUUACAGUGCAAAUGCCGUUGAGGUUCGAUCCAUGCUCGGGCCAAAUGGUCACAUGUGGUCCAUCCCAACCAGUUGACAAGUCGCAAAUGUCGGUGUGUUCGAAGAAUGCGUCUAAAGACUGCCCAGCUCUGAUGUAUAUGCAGGACGAGCACCGCGACCCAGGAGUUUGCCACAAUAACCAAGACAUUCAAACCAACAAAUCCUAUUUGAGAAAUAAUCCCCACGGGGCUAACAACCAAUGGCAAUGCGCCUGUCAGUCAACCCACACGCAGCCGGAAAUGGACUACCCAGCAGGGAGUAAGCCAUCUCAGACGAACACAUCCUAUCUUUACGAACACUAUAAGCAGUCACACUGUAGCAAUUUUGUACAGGAUCAGCCAUCGCAGACGCAUGACUUGAAUUUAAAUUUCAAUGCCCUGGAUCAAAUUCAGUAUCCCUCCCCACAAUACAUAUGCAGGAUUAUAGACAAUAAUGAUGAACGUGAACAUCAGCAGGAGCAAAAUCUGCAGCCCUCGUGUCUAGAGAAUUUGCCGAAGACCACUCAGGAUGCCAAUGAUUGGAGGGAAAGGGUCCUGCCCGAGUCCCGCCCACAAUACCAGCAAACAAGCAUAUGUGGUAUCUCCAAGACGCAACCCAGUAUACCCUCCACAACAGCCAUCGAGUCCGCGACCUGCAGUAAUGCAGCUAAACUUGAUGCGCUCAAGUAUUGUGGCUCUGCUGCAAAAUCUGUAAGCCACAUGCCGUGCGUAUGUCCACCGUCUCCCUGUGAGCAAUUGCCUCCCGCUCCACCUCCAAAACUUGAAUCCAAGUGCCCAAUAACGAGUUACUACACCAUCGAAACAGAUGAGCUGAUUGAGCCUCCGAAUCCUCAAGAAAGCUGUCCUGACAACUACCGUCCGCCUCAGAUCUGCGGUACUCAAAAUGACAUUGUACCCACCUAUGCCAGCAAUGUGUAUGUCCUGCCAGACAAUUUGAAUGCCCCAGCGAAUCGAGUCGAGGAGUGUCCACGCAAAAUGGAUCCCAAUCUCACCAAUUCACUCCGACGAAUGAGUGGACAGCUGCCAUGUAUUGGUGAAUCAGAAUUCGCCGCUUCGAGUCGGUACUUCCCUUUGGACACAGUCUUCGAAACUGACGUGAGUUGCCGCAAAACGGACGAAACCAUGAAAGAUGAGGGAACUAGUCGACCAUGCGCGUGCGAUAAAAAUGAUAAUGCUGGCACUUUAGAAAACAUGCAGCCCAAUAUGGGUGACCCAGUCGAAGCUUCCUGUGAGCAGAAGGAGGAAGUCCUAGAAUCAAGUUCAAGUGAACUGACCUGUCUGUGUAAAAUGGAUAAGGCAGGCAUGCCACCAAGCGCUUCUCGUCCCCAGAAGAUCAUCGCUGGCUACUACAGUUGCGCAUCAGGCGUCAGUCAACUGGUCGAUAAUCGAAGUAAGGGCAUCUUUGCUCUUAAGGAUGAAAAUCAAAGCGGUCCUUGUCAGUCAACCUUUGGGGAUGGAGGACCACAAAGAUCUGAAGCUGCGAAAGCUCAAGGCUGUGAAUGUGGUAGCCAGGAGCAGGAAAAACUAAGCCCAGUAGCAGUUUGUCAGAGCUCAGCGCCAUCCGAAAAUGUUCCAGAGUGUUCAGACUUUCAGGAGGAGAUGGUUGGUGAACAACAGUAUGAAGAGCCUGACGAUCAGCAGCCAUGUCCGCCAGCACCCUGCCCACCACCACCAUGUCCACCUCCACCUCCUCCAAGUCCACCAGCAUCAUGUCCACCACCGCAGCCAUGCCCACCACCACCAUGUCCACCUCCAUCAAGUGCACCAGCAUCAUGUGCACCACCGCCGCCAUGCCCACCACCACCAUGUCCACCUCCACCAAGUCCACCAGCAUCAUGUCCACCACCGCAGCCAUGCCCACCACCACCGUGUCCACCACCAUGUCCACCAAAACCAUGUCCAGCAUCAGCUUCUGCCAAUCAACAUAUAACAAAUGAAGACUACUUGGAAAUGGAAUCGAUUUGUCCAAUUAAGGCAAGCAAACCAAGCCAUUUGAUGGAUACAAGUGUGAAGAGUGAACGGUAUUUCAAUGUGGACACCAGUCACAUAACGACGUCAAUUAAUUGUAGCAAAGUUGUCCAAGGUAAAGGAAAUAGCGCCAAGAUGGAAUACAAUGCAGCGCCUUGUACUCAGAAGUCAUCGAUGGGUUACACGGACAAGACCUCGUCUCGUUCGCAGUCUUUCAUGGCGAACGUCACGUGCUUGUGCACAUCCAUUGAUAAGAUGAAGCUAUGUCCGACUGGUCGCGAAGGUCCACCAUUUAAAAGAAUUCAGGAUAAGAAAGCUGAACCUAGCUGCAAUGCAUCUCAGAGCACAAAGGUUGUGUUUAUGAACUGCGGAGACAAGUUCCGAGACUGUAAUUCCUCGUCCGACACAUCCGUAUGCAAGAACCCAUCCUGUGUUUGCGCAAAUACACAGAGCGCGGAUGGUAGAGCCCAACAAAAAUCACAAUCAAGAUCUGUUUGCUCAAAGUCUUUGGGUCCUUCGAUGUCGGCCGUAAACGCUGAGCAAGAGAAAUGCUCAAAAUGCUCUUCUUCCCCUAAUGAACAAUCGGCAAGCAAAGACUCCAAGUCUUGUAUAACGACUUCGGAUCAUGUCAUUGAGACGAAAAAAUCUUGCGGACUUUUUGAUUGUUGUUUACCUGGUCGAAAGUCAAAAACCAAAAAGUACGAAGAGCCACCCUGUGGUCAGUCAUGGGAAGAGCCCUGUCAACAACCGGAUGUCAUCUAUUGUGAUUAUUGUGCUCCUGAACCUCCUUGCAGUCAAGAUCAUGUUCAGCAACAAGAUAGCGUCUAUCAAUCUGAAUGCGCGAUAGAGCAUGGAAUGCAGAAAUACCAACAACAGCAUCAGAAGCAGCACGACGACUAUUGUGAGUGCGGUUCGGAACAACCCAAUUGGACUGUUCCUUGCGAUCAACACCAGAACCAAAGGCAGCAGGAUAUCUAUUGCGAGUGCGCAUCGGACAAACAAAUGUCCAGUUUCCGAAGCUGUGAGUCUGAAAGAUGCUUUCCCUCUGUACCAAGGGACCGCUUAGCAAAUAUAAUAAAUUUAUUGAACGACACCAACGAUUGUCGACUGGAUCGCACGGCUGUUAUACAGGAACUGUUUCGUGAGUUAACGGCAAUGCUGCGGGAGGAGGAAGACGACGAGCAGGAGGAUAUGCCACUGAGCUAUGAAGAUUGCAUGGCGGCCGUAACUUGUGGUCGAAUGCCCCCAACUAAGGUGGCGAUAUCAAGGGAUAAAGAGGAGCGUAUACAGUGCUUGGAAAAAAUGGAACAAUAUGUGGAAAAAUGUUUUCCCAGUAAAAAGACGUGUUUCCCUGUGGAACCAAUGGAAAUAGUCGCAUUCCAACCUGAUCCAGCCUUUGAUCCAUGCCGCAAAGCAUAUUCGACGGGCUCCGAGUCCAAGACUUUUAUGGGUAGCUGCACUACCGCCACAAUCUAUAAAUCCUGCGAUACGGCCGACUCAAAAUCAAAAGGAUACGAAUCUUGUGUUUGCAAAACAAGUGAAUCCAAAUCGUCCUGCUACAAAUCUUGCGAUUGCAAAUCUCAUAGUUCCAAAAGAAGCGAAUGUAAAUCCUUUCAGUCCAAGCUAACGGACAAGACCCCAUGUGAUACUGACACGAUAGGUAAAUCGUUACCGAUCGAAGAGGGUGGUAAGUCAUCCGUAUCACCUCCGAAAGCCUCAGCUUCAGGCUCUGGCUCUCGCUCAGCACAGCCGGAAGCGCGAACAGAUGAUGAAAUUCAUCUUGAAGAAGAGUGUUGCCAACUAACAGUCCGUGAGGAGCAGAGCAGCAAUAAAAGCCCUCGGGGAGAAUCAGCAUACGAGCAGAGCAGCAAUAAAAGCCCUCUAGGAGAAUCAGCAUACGAGCAGAGCAGCAAUAAAAGCCCUCGGGGAGAAUCAGCACAAGAGCAGAGUAGCAACAGAACGCCGCGAGGAGAAUCAGAGCAUUGCAGCAGUACUGGCCGUCGGGGAGAAUCGGCACAAGAGGAAAUGAGCAACAUGACUCAUCGAGGAGAAUCGUCAAAGGAUCGUUGCAGCGAGAGAAGCCCUCGAGGAGAAUCUUCAAAAGAGCUCUGCCAAUGUGAAUCUGGAAAUUCUGGUGCCUUGCAAAAAGCUUCCUGUCAAUGCGAGUCUGAAGUGGAUGAUACAUUAAGUCCGCUUACGGAUAGAGAACGACUACUAUGCGAAUAUAUGAUGCGGCGCAUGUGUGAAUUGUGUGAAGACGAUCAGCAGCUGGAUGAGGAGGCCACAGAGCAGAUGGAUAAGCCUGGAGGGCCUUGCAUUUGCUGUCACUGUCGCGCGGUCGUCUGUGAUAACCAAUGCCUGACGGUCUCCAAGACACUGGAUGCAGUUAAAUAUGAUCCCGUGGCCGAAACGAAAUUUUUCAUUGAUUCCAUUAUCUGCGACUUGCAAGCCAUGAACCAUGUUAUGACCAAGAACAAGAUAAAUCCCAAGGAUCCCAAGCCCUCGGCCUGUAUGGGCAAUGCACCGGGUGACAGUUUCCCGGUGACCAUUACGAGUGUUUCCAGCCUGGGCUGUCGUGCGCUCUAUGUACGCUGGGAACUGGAAGACUGUGCCGGCAUCGGUGGCUACGAGAUAUAUGUGGAUGGCCAUUUGACCAAUCGAUUUUAUAGCUAUCGCCACGAAGCGGGCGUCGUGGCCAAUGUGGACGUGACCAAGCCGCAUAAAGUUAUUUUACGAGCCCAAGCGGUGGGUCAGGAAUUUCCCAGCGAUGGACCUGGAUGCCCCAACAACAAGAUGGCGCCCGCCUAUCCCGAAAUGUCGGUGGGCGCCUCCCGACCCUGGACCCCGAGCAUCUUCUUUUAUGCGCCCUGAACCCUGAACAAAGUGCUAGUCAAAAGUUUCUAUUCGAGUUUUGUCCAAUCCUAUUGUCUUUCCCAUUAGUUUAAGUUUUAUCGAUUGAUUUUUGAUCUGAUCACUCUGAUGUAUCCAAGUUUUCCAUCGAGCUAGCAACUAGAAGAAUCUGAAGUCCACUCAUGAUGCAUUUACUUAAAUGUGCCUUUCAAAUCAAAUGUUUUCACCGAUGUUGCACGCGUUGCUGCGUUUCUGUACGCAUUAUUAUGUACACAAAUAGGAUGUUUGAAUCUGUUAUAUCAAGAAAUUUAGAGAUGGGCAAUGCGAACAAAUUGUAACAAUUCGAAAUUGUCUGUCUUGACAAAAUAUGAGAAAACGUUAUUAAAAUGAUAUUUUGAAACUGUUUUGCUAAGAGGCAAUCUAAAGUCGUUACUGCACUGCAUUAGAAAACAGUGUUGAGAAGUUAUCAGUGAGUGUUAAACGGAGUUGCGAAGCAAAACAAUUGCACCUUGUAUAUAAAAUCACAUAAUCUGUCCUGAGCAGCUAGAGUUAUAGUGAAUCACGAUAUAGAAUGAUUUGAUCACAAUAAGUCACAAUUUAUUCAAAUGAAUUGAACUCAUUUACUACAUUUUAUUGUUGAGGACUAUCAGGUCAUAGUUAGAGAGGAGUGUGAACGAAUCACAGUUGAAUCUUGUUGAAUUUUAGAGAAUCGUAAUUGAAGAGAUAAUCAUGUCACUCUACACCGAUAUCAGGCAAUAUUAUCACAAUUAAUUACAUACGUGUAUAUUUUAUAUAAGCAUAUUGAUAAGACUCUCAAAGCAGCGCUACUCUCGCAAAAUACUCAUACACGAAAUUAUCUAUUAGGCUUCUCGGUGCCCAUCUCUAUGGAAUUUACGAAGUUACCUAUAUAUAGUUAGUCUGCCGUUUUAGGCAAGCAUAACUCUUGCAUUGCUGUAGUGAGCGUUAUUUAGGAAGCACACCACACAUACUUACCACCUGGAACGUAGCAAUUGUGAACCGAGGUUCAUGCUUGAAUAUACGUAGUUUUACUCACUUAUUUAAUGCGCAUUAUUUUUACUGUGAGUGUAUACAAUAAAGUUAACAUUUAAAUGCAUGAAUCAA